GGCACAUCGCGCGCUGCUUUUCCGUUCAACCCCCCCCCCUCCUCUAACUGACAUCCCGGUUUCAACAUGCCUAUGGAGUGCCAGAACACCCUCCCCGACACUCAUCUGUCGGGGCACUACGACUACAUCAUCGUUGGCGGUGGCACCGCCGGCUGUGUCCUCGGCGCCCGCCUCUCCGAGUACCUCCCGCACCACCGGGUGCUUAUCAUCGAGGCCGGCCCGUCCGACUUCACGAAUGACCAAGUGCUCAACCUGCGCACAUGGCUGAGCCUGCUGGGCGGUGACCUCGACUACGAUUACGGCACGACGCCGCAGCCGAUGGGCAACUCGCACAUCCGGCACUCGCGCGCCAAGGUCCUCGGCGGGUGCAGCAGCCACAACACGCUUAUCAGCUUCCGGCCAUUCCGGCGCGACAUGGAGCUGUGGGAGGCCAAGGGCGCCGCGGGCUGGGACUUUGACACGGUCAUGCGCCUCAUCGACAAGCUCAAGAACACGGUGCAGCGCGUGCACGCGCGCCACCAGAAUCAACUCUGUCUCGACUGGGUAAGCGCGUGCGCGACCGCGCUCGACAUUCCGAUCGUCAACGACUUCAACAAGACCAUCCGCCGCGACGGUGAGAUCAAGACCGGCGUCGGGUUCUUCAACAUUUCAUACAACCCCGACACGGGGUAUCGUUCCUCCGCGAGCGUCGCGUACAUCCACCCCUUUUUGCGCGGCGACGAGCACCGCCCGAACCUCACGGUCCUCACCGAGGCGUGGGUCAGCCGCGUCAACGUGUCCAACGACACGGCGACGGGCAUCAACGUGACGUUCAAGGACGGGCGCAAGGUGACGAUCUCGCCGCGCUCUGGCGGCGAAAUCAUCCUCUCGGCUGGUGCGGUCGACACGCCCCGCCUCAUGCUCCUCUCGGGUCUCGGCCCGGCCCAGCAGCUUGAGGACCUCGGCAUCCCCGUGGUCAAGAACAUCCCUGGUGUCGGCGAGAACCUCGUCGACCACCCUGAGACCAUCAUCAUGUGGGAGCUCUCCAAGCCCGUCCCCGAGAACAUGACGACGAUGGACUCUGACGCCGGCGUGUUCAUCCGCCGCGAGCCCACGCGCCCCGGCGACACGGCGACCGACGUUAUGAUGCACUGCUACCAGAUUCCAUUUACUCUCAAUACCGAGCGCCUCGGCUACCCGAAGAUCCGCGACCGCUACGCCUUCUGCAUGACGCCGAACAUCCCGCGUCCGCGCUCCAAGGGCCGGCUGUACCUCACCUCGUCCGACCCGUCGGUCAAGCCCGCGCUCGACUUCCGCUACUUCACUGAUCCCGAGGGGUACGACGCGGCGACGUUCGUCGCGGGCAUCAAGGCGGCGCGCAAGGUCGCGCAGCAGAGCCCGUUCAAGGAGUGGCUGAAGGAGGAGAUUGCGCCGGGUCCCAAGGUCCAGUCGGACGAGAAUAUUAGCGAGUACGCGCGCCGCGCCGCGCACACCGUCUACCACCCUGCGGGGACGACGCGGAUGGGCGCAGCGAGCGACGACAUGGCCGUCGUCGACCCCGAGCUGCGUGUGAAGGGCGUCAAGGGGCUGCGCGUCGUCGACGCCGGCGUGUUCCCCGACAUGGUCAGCAUUAACCCUAUGCUCACCGUGCUGGCGAUUGGCGAGGGCGCGGCCGAGAUCAUGGCCAAGGAGCGCGGGUGGAAGGGCGACGCCGCCGCGCGGCUGUAGUCUCGCCCCAGCAAAUCAUGUAGCAUUACAAUGCAGCGAUAG